GGAAUCUUCCACAACCCAUAUUGGAAUAGUUUAUUCAGCUUUAGAGGAAGGAUUGUUAGAAUAAGGUUUACUGUGGAGUGCUCUGGAUGGACGCAAGGCAAAUUAGCUGGAGAGAGCAUUUGAGGAGGAAAUAGAAAAGGUCUUGAGAAAGUGUGGGAUGUGAAACCUUUGGUUAAUGGGAAAGAGAUUAUGAGUGUUUUGCAGCUUAAAUCUGGAUGGCCACUUAUUAGGGAGUGGGAAAUAUUGGUUGAUAGAGCUGUUCAUGCUGCUGUUGGCCGUUUUCUGCCUUCCGAUUCUGGUGGUGAAAAGAACAUUCAUCCCACAUUAGUUAGGGAUGACUUUACUCAAGCUAUGCAUGAUUUCCUUCCAGUUGCUAUGCGAGACAUUAGUAAACCUUCUCCUGAAGGUGGUCGCUCUGGUUGGGAUGAUGUUGGUGGUCUUAAUGACAUUCGGAAUGCGAUCAAAGAGAUGAUUGAAUUGCCUUCAAAGUUUCCAAAUAUCUUUGCCAAAGCUCCUUUACGUUUAAGGUCAAAUGUUCUCUUAUAUGGUCCUCCUGGUUGCGGCAAAACUCACAUUGUUGGUGCUGCUGCUGCUUGUUCUUUACGAUUUAUAUCGGUGAAAGGGCCUGAGCUGUUGAACAAAUACAUUGGUGCUUCUGAGCAAGCUUUAAGAUGGCAUUAA